AUGACAAAGACUUGUAAAAAUCUCGAGUGUGUUAUUUGUUGUGAUAAAAAAGACAAUAUAUUGAAUAUGACAAUUCAAUGUACUCAUGAACCAUCAACUUGUCAAGAUUGUAUUAAUAAACAUGUGAACAAUCAAUUAAGCCAAAAAAAUAUAUUGAUCAAAUGCCUCGUUGAUGAAUGUGAUAGUACAAUGGAAUACCAGGAUGUUAAACGUGUUGUUUCUAAUGAACUUUUUCUCAAAUUUGAUGAUGUUUGUUUAAAACUUGCUCUUCAAUCAGAACCUGGUUUCCGUUGGUGUCAAGGACCUGAAUGUGGCUCUGGACAAAUUCACAUUGGAGGAGGCAUAUGUGGAAGAGCAACUUGCUACACCCAUAAUUCGCCUUGGCAUGAAGGUCUAACAUGUCAAGAAUAUGAUGCUAAAAUUGGUAAGGUUGAUAUAGAAUCCCAAACUUAUUUGGAAAAAAAUACUAAACCUUGCCCAAAAUGUGGAAUUCAUAUUCAAAAAAUUGAUGGAUGUGAUCAUGUAAAAUGUAAAAUUGAAAGUUGUCUUAUGGAAUUUUGUUGGUUGUGUUUAGGUGAUUGGCUAAAAGGAGAACAUUUAAGAAAUUGUGUGUUAUAUGAAGGUGUUGAAAUUGUUGCUUCUGAUUCAUCCGAUUCAUCUGAAGACGAAAAUGAAGUCUAUAUUGAAGCUAUUUCUACAUUAGAUUCAGAAGAAGAAGACACUGAUUCAUCUGAAGAAUUGACACGAGAUUAUUUUGAUGAUACAUCUGAGGAAGAACACGUUAUUUCGACGGAUGAAACAGAUUCAUCAGAUGAUCUUGAUACCGAUUCAUCCGAUGAAGAACAAUCAUCAUCUGAUGAAAGCGAAUCAUCUAAAUCAACAUUAUCCGAAGAAUCAACAUUGUCUGAAGAAUUGGAAUUGUCUGAAGAAUCAACGUUGUCUGAAGAAUCGGCAUUAUCUGAAGAAGUGGCAUUAUCUGAAGACUCGUCAUCUGAAAAAUCAACUUCAUUUGAAGAAUCGACAUCAUCUGAAAAAUCAAUUACAUUUGAAUCAUCUGAAGAAAAUGAUACUCUUGAAGAUUCUUAUGACUCGUCUGAUUAUUAUUAG